AUGUCGUCUCGUCAAGGUGGUAAAUUAAAGCCUCUAAAGCAAAAGAAGAAGCAAAACCAAGAUGUUGAUCCAGAGGAAGAAGCCUACAAGGAAAAGCAAAAGGCCGAUGCUGCUGCCAAGAAAGCCAUGAUGGCCAAUAUUAAAGCUGGUAAACCAUUAGUCGGUGGUGGUAUCAAAAAGUCCAAGAAAUAG